AUGGGAGACUUUAAGAAAGGUGACAUUGUGACGUUUGUAGAUCAGGGUUCUCAGUCAUUCGGAGAAAUAUUGUCAGUGAGAAAAGAUGAUUGCGACGUGAAAAUACUAGUUGAUAAAGAGGAAAGAGUUAUGCGAGUUCUGCGUUCUCGGAUGCAAAAAAGUGCUAAGAUUAUUGCUGAGGAUAUGGAUAAUAUGGUGAACCUGCCAAAUAUGUCGGCGAUUUCUAUGUUAGAAACCCUUAAACUACGUUACUCGCGAUCAAAAAUUUAUACAUAUAUUGGAAAUAUAGUUGUUUCUGUAAAUCCAUAUAAGGAUCUAUUAAUUGAUGGACCAGAAGUAAUGGUGAAGUAUUUUAAUCGAAUGCUUACAAGUGUUCCAGCGCAUUUAUACGGACUUGCAGAAACGUUAUAUCAGACUGCCUUAAGAAAUGAAUGCGACCAGAUUGUUGUCAUAAGUGGUGAAUCUGGCUCAGGAAAAACCGAAGCUUUUAAAAGAAUCACUCAGUAUCUUGCAUGUACAAGUGAGCAAGGUAAAAACAGCCUGAGUUCAGUGGCCAGGCGAGUUUUGGAAAGUACUCCUAUUCUUGAAAGUUUUGGGAACGCUACAACUGUUCGAAAUGAUAAUUCCUCAAGAUUUGGCAAGCUGGUGGAAAUAUUCUUUGCAAAGUCAAUAAUUAUUGGAGCGAAAAUCACUAAUUUCUUACUUGAGAAAUCUAGAAUAGUGGGACAAUCUGAAAAAGAACGUAACUAUCAUGUGUUCUAUGAACUAUUAAGUUCACUUGAUAAUGAGAGUAAGGCAAAACAUCAUCUUAAAAAUGUUGAAGAUUAUCAAUAUUUAAUGAAAGAUUCAAGACGUGCAUUUAGUACACAUUCUGAUCCUGACGGUUUAUCAAUGUUACUUGAAAGUUGGCAAACAUUAGGACUUCCACAAGAUGAAAUGGAUUUAUGUCUUCGUGUAAUAUCUGCUGUAUUGCAUCUUGGAAAUAUAACUUUUAAAAGUGAUAAUGAUAAGGAUAACACAUUUAUUACAAAUCCAUUCGUUGCUGAAAUCGCGGCUUCAGAGCUUGGUGUAGAUUUGACUGAAUUAGCUAAAGUGAUAACAAUGAAGUUAACAGAAACAUCUAUUGACAAACUUUGGAGUCCGGUUAACGUUGCUGGUGCAAUUGUAAAUCGUGAUUCUAUUGCGAAAAGUUUAUAUGCAGAAUUUUUCGAUAGAUUAGUGGAGAAGAUCAAUAUGAAAAACGCACCUCCGGAUUAUAUGGAUUCAGACACAAAAUCAUCACUACGUGCAAUCGCUUUAUUGGAUAUUUAUGGUUUUGAAAAUCUUCCAACUAAUUCACUAGAACAGUUUUGUAUCAAUUACACAAAUGAAAAUUUACAACAAUUUUUCAAUCAUUACAUAUUUGAAUUGGAACAAGAAGAAUAUCGAGCAGAAAAUAUUAGUUGGCAAUAUGUUCAGUUCCCGGAUAACCAACCCAUUAUUGAUUUAAUAGCUGGUAAACCGAAUGGAAUAAUGCAUUUAUGCAAUGAUGAAGCCAGUUUAGUCACAGGGACAGAUAAGUCGUUUCUACGACAAUGUCAAUAUCAUCAUAAGAAUCAUCCAAAUUUUAAAAUGAAUAAGAUACAAGGAAAUAAUUCGUUUACUAUUGCACAUUUCGCUGGUGAAAUUGUUUAUGAUGUAAAUGGAUUUGUCGAUAAAAAUCGUGAGAAAAUUCGUGGUGAACUGCUUGCUUUACUAACUAAAAGUAAAAAUUCUGCAGUAGCGACUAUGUUUCGUAAUGUUCAAGCUCAACGUACUGGUGUCAGUGGUACAGGUCCAAAAUUGAAAACCUCUUUAGUUUUAACAACAAUGAAUAAUUCACUGCAACAGUUAAUGGAGAAAAUGAGAAUGAAUAAGCCAAGUUUUGUACGUUGUAUUAAACCGAAUAUGAAAAAAGAGCCAAUGGUAUUUGAUGAUGCUGUUGUUAUGGAUCAAUUACGUUACGGUGGUUUACUAGAAACUGUUCGAAUAAGAAAAUCUGGUUUCCCUGUCCGUAUCAGUUAUGAAUAUUUUAUCGAGCGUUAUUCAUUUUUACUGAAUUAUGAAAAACGUAAACAAUUAAAGAAUAUAGUAGAUACUCGUGAAUCAACAGCUUGGAUAUUAAUGAAUAUCAAUAUUCCUUUUGGAAAUCGAACACCUAUACAAAAAUGUGUUGACUAUGAAUUUGGUAAAAGUAAAUUAUUUCUACGAAAUCAAUUAGCUGUGAAUUUGGAAUCGCUUCGUACAAUUAAAGAGUUAUGUGCUGCCAGAACUAUUCAACGAGCAUGGAGACGACGUGAUAAUGGAUUGAUUGAAAGAGCACGUCGUAAUGCAGCUAGAGUUAUUCAAGCAUGGUAUAGAGGAUGUAUGACAAGACGUCAGCACGCUGAUAUCGUUCAAUAUUUAGCAAAUAGAAGCAAGGAGCAACAAAUCGGUGCACUAAAAGAAGAUUAUUCGAAAGUCGAAAAACCUGUUAAAUCGUUAAGUGAAUCUGAAAUAGAAUGUUUAGAAGUCCCGAGUGAUUUAGCUUAUAUCUUACAACAUCGUAAAAUAUCCCAAGAAUGUUGGCUUCGUAAUCAUAAGGUAAUUAAACCUUCCGGCAGUAUACGUCGUUUUGCACCAAAUUAUGUUUCAACUUCUUGGCAAAAAUAUGGUAGACCGUUAUGGCAUGCUGCACCUAUUUCACACUUGCUACAAACAUCUAGUUCAAUGUCACAACUUGGCUAUCGUGUUGCGCCACGUGAAAGACCAAUAUUCUUGACUCGACCAACUGAAAAAUUAGCUGCAGCUUGUGUAGCUGCUUCAAAACUUAUUCUAAGGCUACUAUUUUUGCCUGAAAUUUCGCUGCAUGAACAAUUUCUGGUUGGAAGUUUUUUAUAUCAACUGGCUCUUUGUCAAAAAUCUCUUCAUAAAGAAUUUCUUAUUCAAUUAUUAAGUAUGACUGUAAAUUGGCCUAAUGCAGCAGAAGAUUUCUCUACUUCGGAUCCAGAAGAUGAGCCAAGCGAGUUCGAUCCAGAAACUAAACGAGGUACUUACAUUCCAUCAAGACCUAAUGGUCCAUUGAUUGUUAAAUCUCAUACUAGACAGUCUGGCAUACAACGUCGAGCAUAUAGACGUCUUUGGAUGCAUAUUGCAGGAAUGCUUACAUGUGGUCAAUUAUCGCAAACACUAACACCCACUAUAGUCCGUUUUAUUAGAGAAAAUGCACCCAACAGAUCAGCUGAACUGUGUGAAGAUCGUGUUGUACUUGAACCUUCUGUACGUCGUCUAUACCCACCUUCUCUGUUAGAAUGGCGGAUAAAUUAUACUGGAACUCAUAUGGGCAUUAAACUUACAUUCCCAGAUGGUAUAUUGUCAAUUUUUCAUGUUGGCAGUUUUACGCGUGCUGAAACAUUAGCUGGUAUGGCUUUAGCAUUAAGAACAUAUUCAACACAUAUUCUCCAAGGCUGGACAAUAAGUGUACAUAAGUCGUCAAAAAUAUUAGAUGUACCAGGUUAUUUUUAUGUAUUGGAUAUAUUUAGUCAACACGAACUUCCGGAAGAAUGGUCACAUUUAAAUAAUAUUCUUCUUCAUCAUGUAUUACCAUGUUAUGAUGCUAAAUCAAAAACAACGGAAUAUAAUAGUGUUUACCAUUCCCAUUAUGCCAGAAAUGGAGUAACAGGAGUUAUUGACGAUUCACCACCACCUAUUUUGAAUAAAUAUAGGAACUAUAAUUAUCAAAAAUUGGCUAAUUCAAUACAUGGCAUAGAAAACAACAUGAAUUCACACAGUCGUUAUACAAGAGCAUCGAAUAUAAAUUCUUUAAAUCACCAUCGUCGUCCUAGUUCUCAAGCUGAUUGGUUUAAAGCAGUACGGCUAAUGGCUUCAAAGCGAUUCAGUGAAAGUACCAGGUCACUAUCAUCAAUUAGAAGGAAGAACAUUAAAAAUCAGAAAAUGUUUAAUUCAUUCCAUUCACCUAGUGUUGGUUUCCCACGAUCCAAAUCUCCAGGUGAUAUUCUUCAAGAUAGUCGACUAACAAGAGCAUCUCCAACUGGUUAUCCUUGUAAAAGAAGUUCAAACGCACUACCGCAUGAUAUGCGAUAUUAUAUUUACGAUCUUGCACCUUGGACUGUACAACUUAGAAAAGAAUUUAUCACUCCACGUGAACGUAUAAGAACAAAUUUGAUAUUGAAUUUAAUUUUUCAUCAAAUCAUAUCUGAUAUCCAUGAUGAAAGAAAUUUACGUCUUAAUACAGAUGAUCGUAAUGAACUGUUAUCAGUCAUCGGUAAACAUAGAAAUCUUGAUUCCAUUGAAUCUGUUCAUGAAAUUCCAAUGGAAGUGAAAAAGAAGACUUUAUUGACUUCUUUGAAUUUGCCUAUUUAUUUUGGACGAUUUUAUCCAGUUCAAUCGCUUGAUAUGAAUGCUUCUCCAGAUCUUAGUCAGUGGUUAGUAGUAAGUCAUCACGGUAUCAGGUUGGUUUUGCAGCCAAAAGAUUGUGCAGAGGUCAAUAUAAGAAUUAUCUCCAAGCUUGGUGACGUAAACAAGGUAACUUCAUCGCGGACAUCCAACAGACCACGAUGGCGAUGUGGAGAUCAAUCAUCAAUCAAGGAUUCUCAAAGCACUGAUUAUGGAAAACCUUCAGAUUAUCUUAAACCACCAUUAAGUCGAUCAGUCAGUACAGUAACCUACAAUCUUUUGACUCUAAAUCACGCUGCUGGGAUAAGUCAGUUUUAUACAGAAAUGGCAGAAAAGAUUUGUGAACUAAUUGAACUAUUCUUAAGAGAAUAUAAAGAAGAGAUGAAACGUCUUCAGGAUGCGAAACAUUCUGCUUUCAGAGGUCGUUUCAAUGCUUCAACUCCUGACAUUUCAAGUACUCCAGAAGUUGCAUAUCGACUGGUAUGCAGUCCUGCUUUACUCUCAAAUGAUUUGUCCGAACCCUCAUUUAAUUCAGAGCAGCAAUUUAUAACAAAAAAUGUUACAAAUCUUGAUACGAAACCUCCAAUUAUUCCACGAAGACGUAGUCAUGUUUCGCAUAAAUUUGAUAAUUCUACGAAUAAUAAUUCACUAGUUGACAGUUCUGAUUCAUUAUCUUCGGAUUCAGAAUUACAUUCACCGAAUCCAAUCAGUCGAUCAACAACACCAACUAUAGCCAAACAUACACGAUCAUCGAGUGAACGUAAUCUCAUUAGUAGUGUGAACAAUUUAGGAUCUGGUGAAGAUACUCCAAUUGGUUGGAAUCCACCAUUUAGACGAAAUUUGUUUGGUGAUUCACAAGGGCAACAGUUUAAUGAACAUCCUCUUUUGCCAUUUGCACGUCAAAACUUUUUAAAUGAAAAUGACGUAAUCCAACAACUUAGUUGGGAGCCUCAACCACCUGAAUCUGGAUCUCUGUUAAAACAUCCAGAUAGUGUGGAUACGGAAGUGUCAAGGAAUAUAUUUACACUCAUUCAAUGUUUUGCCAAAGAAGUUCCAUCGAAAUACCCACAGAGUGUGAUUAUUAAAUUAAUAAUUGAAAUGUUAAACGAACGACCAUGGCUUUCUGAUGAGUUGUACUGUCAACUUGCUAAACAAACAUAUUCAUAUAAUAAUAGGAAUAAUCAGGAUAAUUAUGAACUUGUGUGGUUAUUAUGGAAAUUAUUAACAAUUUUCGUUCCAACAUCAGAUGCGCUUAGGCCAUAUUUAAUUAAAUAUAUUGGGUUUCGACAGGAUAUUCAACACCACAAAUUACAAGCUUGCUUAGAUACAAUUAUUCAGAAUAUGGAAAUCGUUUCCCGUUAUGGCCCUAGAAAAUACUUACCACCUGAUAAUGUUUUAGAGUCCUUUAUAGACGGUCACAUGAUUCGUAGACAAGAAAUUUAUUUUAUUAAUAAUAAUAGUACAAGUAUACCACUUGGACAAUUAUGUCUUGUUCAAGACGUCAUUCAUAAUGUAAUCAAUAAACUAAGUGCAAGUCUUCUUAGUUCACCGACUGAUUUCGCAUUAUUUCUUUGUCAUAAAAAUGGGUCAAUUAACACUUGUAGUAAUGAGCCGCUGAUACCUUUACUACUGGAUACAUACAUAUUCGACUCUCCAAUAUACCAUGACGAUUUGAUAAUUCAUUUUCGAAGAAUAUGUUGGACUGUUCCACUGGAAUUGCAAAAGCUUCCUCGCGCUUAUUUGGGUUUUUUAUUUGAUCAAGUCGUUGAUGAGUACCUUUCGGGACACUGGUUACCGGAUAAACUCACCUAUGAUUCAAACGAAUUAUAUAAUAAAUGUCUUCAUCUCUCUUGUGUGUUACAUCAAAGUCAUGAAUCAUCUGUCUCUAUUAGCAGUACAAUUGCUACUUCACUUAAACCAAAAAAUCUACAAAUUUCAAUAGAAAAAUGGUCAUCAGAAUUAAAUGGAUUACUUAAGUCAACACAAACAAAAGAUUCAGAAGAUAGUCAGAAAAUCUUUUUAUCUUCAAUCAGAAAUUGGCCUCUUUUUGGAUCAUCUUGUUUUCUUGGUUUGAUUGAAAACGGUCCAUCUGGAAUCCCAACUAAUUGUGAGAUAUUAGUUGCUCUAUCUCAUACAGGAAUUCAUAUAUUAGAUUCUUCAACUCAUGAAUGCUAUUUGGUUUUUGCCUACGAAAAUAUUGCAAGUACAAGGGUUACAUAUAAAGAUAAUAAUGACUACAACUGUAUUGGUUCUGUGCGUCUUACAGCUAGUAACGGUCAACAGUUGAUCCUGUCUUUAAUGCAAGCUAGAAUGUUUGUCUUCAUUUUAAGUCGAUAUCAGUAUAUACUAUCAGCAAAUUUGUUAGCUUCUGCUUGA